CACAGUUUCAAACUUGAACUUUUGGCGCGCUGCAAGCCGUCCGCAAUAACUUCUUUGGAUGUUUUGUUUGUGUUUACGGAUGUUUGACAGACAUCUGCAUGGAAUUGGAUAUUAUCAAUGACAAGUUCAUAUCCUGGAGUUAAACUCUCCUCCAUUAAUGGGCACCUGAUUUGUGGACUGUGUGGUGGUUAUCUAAUAGAUGCGACUGUUCUUACAGAAUGUAUCCAUGUCUUCUGCAGAAGCUGCAUCCUCAAGUAUUUAUUGGAGCACAAAAUUUGUCCAUUAUGUCAAAGUUUGAUACAAGAAACCAGACCUGGCCAAGCCCUCCGUCCCGAUGUCGCUUUACAGCGGAUUGUAUAUAAAUUAGUCCCGGGUUUACUGAAGACUGAGAUGAAAAGAAUCUCGGAAUUCAAAGAAUUGUAUUUAAAAGAGUUGUCCUGCACAGACAAAAUGGUUUGCACCAAGGAAAUUCUCCCCAAAAACUGUAUUCCCAGUAGCACUGCUAGUUAUAGCAUUUCAGAUCUUUGUUCUUCACCCCUUCCAACUGCUCUUGCAACUCGAUCGCUUUCUAAAAGUCCAUGUGGACUUGUUUCUUCAACUCAUGCAACUCAAAUGCUUGUUUCCAACCGUUUACCAAAUUCUGCCGCAUUUCUAGUAGCAGAUGAUGAAUUUGUGAGUUUGGCUCUAAUACAUUUAACAAGUUUUCCGUCAUAUUCAAAGAUAUCUGAAUCGGUAAUUUGCAAACGUCACGACAGUUUCAAAUUAGCUUCAAAAAGUGAAUCUAGUCGUUCCCAACCCCCUUCACCACUUUCUAAUGAACAGUAUUCUAACUCAAUAUAUCUUUUAUGUCCGGCUGUAGUAACUGUCGCUAACCUCCAUCAUCUAUUGCUAUCCAAAUAUCAACUUGAUCCUACCAGGCAAAUUGUAGAUUUAUACCUCGAUGGGGAAUGUUUAGAACCAUCUCAUAGUCUGCGUGAAGUAGCAUUUCUAUAUUCAUUUCCCACGCGAAGUCAGUGUAUGUAUUUGCAGUUCGUUUUUACAGAAGCAUGUUCAGCUUGGUGGGGGACGCCGAUGCCACAUCUUGAGCGACUACAGCCAAAACGUCCUAAUACUUCUUUCAAAGAUCACUACACCGACUCUAAUUCCAUUAAUAUUUGCCUCUCUAGCCUCAAUCAUGCUACUAAGUUGUGCCAAACCUCAAGUAAACACAGCAAAAGAGCGUCGUUUUAAUGGUGCAUUUAUAAAAGCUCUAGUGCAUUACAUAACAUGUUUGUAUAUCCAUGUGUCCUUGUUUAAAUUUAUGACUUGAUUAUUGUUUUGUGUAUAUAUGUAAACAGUACCUACUCAUUCAGGAAAUUUGUUGUUUUAUUUACCUUACAAAGCCUUUAUUUGGACUAUAUAUUUUAUCAUGUAAAGUCUGUAUUUGUUGAAAACUGAUUCUUUAUGAUAAUUUGUAUACAUAUUUCAUUUUAUCUUACCUCUCCAAGUGCUAGUAUACAUAAGUAUGACGUGAAUAAUUGGACUACUUAUAUUGACUAGAUUGCUUCCAGUUAUCAUUUUGCAGAUCAAAACACCACUGCUCCAUUUGUCUUUCAUUUUUUAAAAUAUAUUAUAGUGGACUGAAGCAUUGAUUGCCUACAUGUAUAUGUAUGAUUUCACUUUUCCUUCUUGAAUUAUACCUUAACCUUUCUGGUCGAGAGAGUUACUUAUAUAUUUCUGUAUAAAUUUGAUCAUAAAUAUAUAGAUUUUGUCAAGAGUUUUUUCUCUUCCCUGCACGGCAUGAUUGUAUUACAAAAUAAAAUGUGUUUCUCAAUUAAGUGCUUAUUUGUGGGUGGCGUAAUAUGGUGUCACUCUGUAGUGUAAGAAGUUGACUUCCAACUACUUGAUCACACGCCCAACCAUACUUAUGCUCAGGAGUCUGGAUGGUCUUAUCAGCUCUUACUUAUGGCAAAUCACCCUUUCUUUCCCAAGAACUUUCUGGAUUUCCCCGUUCUUCAUUUAUUAGUUUUGUUUUUGUUUUCAUUUUGGGAAGUUGACUUGAGCAUUAAAAACUGUCGCUUAGUCACGAUUCACGUUUAAAUUAUUAGUUAUACUUGUUGAGUCGGAUUCGUUGUUUGAACAGUAUAAAUAUAGAGUAUAUUUCAUAGACAUGUGUUUUCAAACCGACGGUGAUAGAAAGUUAAGAUCUGGCUCAAAUCUCCUUAGGGGAACUGCUUACCGGAAAUAUGUACAUAUAUCUUUUUCCUUGACGUGUCAUUGUAGGAGUCCGAUACUUUGUACACCAGUUUUUCUCUCGAUGAAGAUGAUAUAUAGAAAAGGCAACAGCAGCAAGUAAUGGUAGACGACUAUUCAGACUUAUCAAUGAAAGAGGUAUUAAAAACCCAUCUUUUAAUGAAACUAUUCCGGGAAAAUAUUGAAUGAAUAUCAGAGCUCAGUGCGAACUGUCAUCAGAAUUAUUAACCUCCAGCGGCGUUUUCUAGGUUGUUCAACUUCCCUGUCCUUAUUUUUGUCACAGACAUUCUGUUAAAGAUAGCGCUCUCAUCGUCUAAAUUUUUAGGGACCAAUCUGCCAGGAGACACGCUUGCUUAUUUAGAAUACGCAGGUAAUAUAAUUCUGUUUGGUAAAGACGCUGAAAAUAUGCAGUCUUCCGACCAUCUUAAAUAACACUUUAAGCAUAUUAGUGAUGCUAUUCUCUCCCUCCAAAUUCAAAAUACUGCUGCAGGAUUGGUCUCUGUCCGCGUCCGGAUUAGUGAUACGGAAUGAGGCAGUCGAGUGUAUCGACAACUUCGCUUGUCUUGAAAGUCUGACCAGUCCUGAUGGCCUGGUUCCUGACGAAAUCUCGACACGGAUCCCUAAUUUUCGAUUGGCUUUUCCCGAUUUGUGUCAUUGUGGCGCAGGCAAUAUAUCCAUCUGCCAACCGAAGGACGAGUUAAAUGUGCAGCAGUUCUCUUUAUGGGUAUGAAACAUGGUUACUAAGAAUAGGUAUUUGUAAGUUACUAGUAUUUGGUCAUAUGUGUCUUCACAGCAUUGCUUGUGUAUUUUGAGACCACCGAGUAAGUAAUUCGUAGGUCAGGGAUAGGGUAAGGAGUAAAGAUGGCGAACCGAUUGAUUGGCUAGUGAAUGUUCACUAACUAGGCUGAUUAGGACAUGUGUCAUGUAUGCCCGCUCACUGCCUACCUUGAUGGGUGUUGUUUAGUUUAGAAGUGGAUUGGAAGUAAGCUAGAGGCGUCCAAAUCAAAACAUGGUACAGGUCCAUGAAGUCGUUGAUAACUGGACUGAGUCAUAUUAAUAGGUGUUGGCUACUUAGUUGAAGAUCGUGUAAUUGUCGAUAGCUCAUCAGAAUAAGCUAGUUAGUCCUUAAAGUGAUACAGCAGAAGCUCUAGAACUCAGUGGUUUUGUCCAACCGUCACUCCGUUACAGACCUUCGACAUCAGCUUCCAGAAAACUUCGUCAGUAGACAAGCGAAUCCUAUUCUUGAAAAUAAACUAAUAAAAUUGCCAACAGUCUUCGGAAAUUUUAUUACGGCUUCUGUAUUUUCCAGGUUAAGAAUCAGUUUAAUCAUUUGUGAAUCCAACGAGUAGAUUUCCAAAAAGUAACAUGCAAGUACUUAUCAAACGGUACAACAAUUGAAAUUCACGUAAACACAAUGAAUUUGCAUCAUGGGUGAUUAUUAGAUAAAUUUCCCCACUAACUAUGAAGCAUAAGGAAAGGACAAUGCCAGAUGAAGCCAUUUCCUGUAUUCGGGAAUAUAUGUUUGAUUUCGAUAUUUGUAAAUGUUGUAUCAUCCGGUUAACUAAUGGUCGCUGUCAACAAAUAGAUUUACUCAAUGUCUUUCAUUCACAAGCAUAUCCUGAUGAGUUUAUAUGUAAACUUUGUUUUGGCCUGUUGCAUAAUCCUUAUUUAUGUGAUAUUCCACGAAAUCUUAAUGAAUCACAAAAUGAAGUGGAAUUUACCAAUGAAGAAUUUGAUAAAUAUAUUUUGCUCUAUUUAUAUAAAGAGUUAAAUGGAUCCCAUUAUCAAUAUACAGCAUAUCAACUUCGGGUCACUGAACCGAUCAAUAUUAUGCUACGUGAACAAUUUUUAUGGGAUGAAUUAAUUUGUAUGUCGACUAAUCAUGUAAACAAUAAUUCGAAUAGUAGCACUAUUGAGAAAUUGAAUAAUCUACAGACGAAAUUCACUAAAGAUGAUAUCAAUGCAUUGAGAUCAUAUGCUAUUCCAGUAAAAACUGCAUGGAAAUGGAUUGUAGAUGGAAAGUUAUCAUCUUUACUGAAAGUUCCAUUGAUUUACUCUUUACGUGAUGAUACAGAAUUAAAAUUAAUUAAAACCAAUGAAUUAAAUAUUAACAAUUCAAAUUGUGAUCAAGAAUCCAAUAUUAUUUGUUUAACUAUAGAAUUUUCAAAUUUCUUAAUACAAUUAGAUUAUGAUGAAUUUUUGAGUUAUUUAGAACAUUCUCCAUUAAAUUCUAUACGUUCUUGGCUUAUACGUUUAAAAAGUGUUAAAAUACCACGUAAACGUUCAAAAUUUCAUUAUGGAAAAGAAUUAACAACAAAAACAUUUUCUUCUCAGACAUUAAAUUAUGAUAAAAAUUCAUUGAUUAUCAAUCCUUCAUCUGUGAUUAAUAUUGGUUAUACUUUGCCAAAUUUAUUACAUUUUUCUCGUGGACUUUUAACAGAACUUAUUCCUUUGUUAAAAGAUAAUUCUUUACAAUCAAAUUAUUUAAAGAAAAUUUCUUCAAGCAAUUGUUCACUUGCAUUCAUAACAUCUUUGAAAAUAUUUCGAAGUAUACCACUUUAUUUGGCUGGUCGUUAUGUGAAAUUAAGUCGACGUUUGCCUCAAUCCCCAUGGAUAAUUGGAUCACAGCGUAAAUUAGAUUCAUCUGUUGAAGAACUUAUCACUCAAUUAAUAUUACCUCGAUUUGGUGCAAAUUCUCAAAGUUGUUUUAUUACAGCUGGUAGAGAAGAUGUUGAUGUUAGAUGUCUUGGAUUGGGUCGACCAUUCGCAAUUGAAAUUAGCAACUAUGAAUUAUUACCUUCAAAAAUCACUCAACAAUGGUCUGUUAACGAUAAACUUGCCGUAGAAUGUAAUGAAAACGAACCAUUGGAUUUAUUGAAACUUGCAUCGUUUGUCAAUUCGACAACACAGGGUCGAGUGUUUAUACGUGAUUUACAGUCGGACAUAUACUAUCAAUGUAUGGAAUAUUCAAGACGAAAGUGUACAGUAUGAUUACCUCAUUUUACAGAUCUAAUCCGACUUUUUAUCAACUCUGGAUGAAUUUAAUCACAACUUUUAUACAAAAUACACUUUUCAAUCUAUGGGAGUUUUCCUUCUAAAUGAUUUUUGAACUAACAAGAUAACUAAUGAUAUCACAACCAUUGUUCUUCAUAGUGACGAUAUUGCACUUCACCUGAAGCUAGAAAGUAUUGGAAAAACUUUUUGUUCUACUAUGAGAUUCUUUAUCAAUACGCAACUGCAACUUUAUAUUAGAUGUCAUGGUCGCAGGAGCUUUCUGAAGCAGGAAACUUUAACUAUUGGGUCCCCAAUCAAUAGUUUAAAAGUAUCGUGGUCGCUGCGAGAUCUUCAGGUCGUGGUCUCGACACAUCUCGAGGUUGAAAAGUCCCAGAUGAAGACGGAAAUUUUAUCCAGUGUUCCCCUGUUUUCAACUUAUCAGUUAGGAUUAUUUUAGUCUGAUGAAUGACCUUAAGUAACAUGUGGAUUUAUUUUACACUUUACAAGUUGUUUUGACGUAGUUGAUAUUAUUGAAUAGUAAAUACUUCGUAUUAUUUUAGGUUUCUGUGUAAAUAGGUUUGCAAACAAUUCGUACUUGUUUCAAAAUAUAAUCGUUUCUGUUAAUUUACAUUUACUUAGUUAGUCUCGUCAAAAUCUGCUACAGCCGCAUUAAAAUUAGGUGAAAUGCACAAAGCCAAAUGUUAUCGAGCUGUUUGUUGGUGUCCUCAUGGUGGAAUUAAAACUGAAUUACUUAUGAAAAUGUUACAGUAUACCACUUUGUUAAAUCGAACAAACGAAAAUCUUGAUCAUGUUAACAUCAUUCAUUGGCCUCCUAAUAAAACAGAUUCUAUGAAAUAUGGGAAAAUUUAUUUUGGUCCACUGGAUAUUAAUCAACUUACACCUAUACGUGUAUUGCAUAGAAGACCAUUGUUAAAUCGUAAAAGAACCAUUUAUCAUUUAUGUUUCAUGUCUUAUGUGGAAACAAUAAAAACUAAUAUUUUCGAGUUCGAUGACUUUAAAUCAUGGUCAAAACUAUAUCCAGAAGAUGAACUGUUCAUAUUAGAAAUUCGUUGUGAAGCUGGCACCUAUGUGAAAGAACUUGUUCAUGGAGAUCUUGGUCGAUGUAAUCCUAGCUUAGCAAGUAUAUUUGGUUGUCAAUUAGAUAUAUUAGCGUUGGAUGUAAUUGGUGUUGAACUUGACUGGCCUACACGUCUAAAAGAUCCUAUACUCAAUUAAUUUGUAAAGUGAAAAAUAUUUUUAUUGUAAAAAAUUUAUUUUUAACAUAAACGUAAUUUCUUUAUCAAGGCAUUGUAUAUCCCAUAAUAGUUGAUGUGCAAGACCAAAUUGAUUGGUCUCACUUAUCACAUUCCCUUUUACGUUAUUUGUUCCAACACUAACUACCUAGUUAAUGAUAAAGCUUUUUUAUCACAAAACCAACUGAUAACUACCGAAUAAUUCGUCUGGAAUACACAUGCUUGCAAUCAUAGCCAGCAAUCUUUAGCCACGACAAAUCUUCUGAACAAUCACUUGUAAUGACGUGCUAACACUAUCCUUGUUUCAGGUUUGGCAAGACUGUAAAAUUAGUUUGUUCAUCUUUUAAUGAAACGAUAACUUGAGUAUAAUCCCAUAAUUAUAGGCAAACGGCAUCAUAAAUAGAAAAACUGUAUAAUAUAACUUGUGGACAUUUGCUUACUUUUCCAAUACAAUUAACACCACGAAAUCACUUAGUCAAAAUGACCGAACCAACACCCAUACACCCAUUUAUAAAUGGCGGUCGUCCGUUUAGUUUAGACACUCGAGUUCCAACCAGACGAUUCGAAAUUGAAAGUUCACAUCUGAACAACUACCUUAUAGCCUGAUUCAUGGAUGUGUAAGAGGUGACUGUCAAAGUGACCGGCACAUAAUAAAUGUCAGGAAAGGACUAUCAAGCAAUCUGAAGAUUCAUACACCAUUCAAAAAAGGCCAGUGAACUGUUCAAUUAAUUCACGAAAUGAUUUAUUUAACUAGACAGUUAGUUGACUGACUGAACGAAAUGGCCCCAAACGGCUAAUAAUGGAUCUGCUGUCAUUCACUAAGUAUUUCCUUCAGUCAUUUACGAUGUAAGACCAGGCACAACAAGAUGAACAUCAAAUUCAUUGAAGCAGUUACUUCAGUGGUAAUAAAAAAGAUUUCAUAUAAGGACAUGAUACAGGGGAAAAGAAUUAGUUCGUAGAAAAAAAGGUAAAGUAAUUCUAAUCUCA